AUGACAUUAGAGAAGUAUGUAUACCCUGGACGAGUUAUAAAUGGAUUCAAAGUUACAUCAUUAUGCGAAAGCACACAGAAUUCUUCAACAUUUUUCGGAUAUAAUACAUCAGAUGAACAACAAGUUGUUUUGAAGGUGUAUAAGAAUAAUCCACGAAAGUAUCUUCGUGAGAUUGCAUAUUUGGAGAAAUUUAACUCCAAUUUCAUAUUGAAGCCAAUACAAACAUUUGAUAUUGUGAAUAACUUGAAAUGUUCUGUAUUUCCACGUGCUCAAGAGAAAGAUCUUUUAGACUUUCUCGAUAAAACACCAGAAUUUCCAAUUCCUGAAAAGAAAGUUAGAAAUAUUGCUUAUGUUCUUUUCAAGUCAGUGGAAUACCUCAAUCAGAACGGAGUUAUGCACAGAGAUUACAAACCAGAGAAUGUUGUCAUCAUGAACUCAAAUCUUAACGUUGAUGAUAUCAAAGUUAUUGAUUUAGGCAUGGCUUGCGAAAUAAAUGACAGACUUCAUCAGGAAAGAGUUGGAUCAUGCUAUUAUGCUGCUCCAGAAGUUUAUGAUGGCGCUUACUCAAAAGAAUGUGAUAUUUUCUCCAUUGGUGUAACUUUAUGUGUCGCUUGCGGCGGAACUGUACCUUUUGAUUGUGAUUCGAACAAGGCCAUGCAAGCAUCUAAGAAGAAGAGAGAUUACAAGCUUGAAGGUAAGAUUUGGAAUCAUUUUUCAAAUGAAUUGAAGGAAUUGAUUUACAAAUGCUUAGAGCCAGAUCCAAAGAAGCGUAUUACAAUUGAUCAAAUAUUUUCAGAAUAUUCAUCUCUUUGGUCAUUAAUUUCAAACUGA